UGGCUCCUUCCCGGUCCUCCCAAGGCUCAGCUUGGCUCCAGCAAUGCAGACUUCUGCUUCCGGAAUGAAACCAGCCAGGAUUGCUACCUUCUCCAGGAUAGAGACAUUCUGUGCGUCCCACAAGCUAGCCUGCAAACUGCUGAGUGACGCCGAGAAUCAGAAGUUGUUUGGGAAGAGCAGCCGGAGACAUGGGCACAAUUAUAAAGUUGUGGUGACUGUCCGUGGAGAAAUCGAUCCCACUUCUGGGAUGGUGGUAGACUUGACAGAUUUGAAAGCAUACAUGAAGGAGGUGAUUAUGGAGCCCCUUGACAGAAAAGACCUGGAUCAAGACAUCCCCUAUUUUGCCAAUGUUGUAAGCACAACAGAGAAUCUUGCCGUGUUCAUCUGGGAAAACCUCCAGAGGUACUUGCCCACAGGGGCUCUUUACAAGAUAAAACUGUAUGAAACAGAGGAGAACAGCGUCACCUAUAAAGGAGGAAUACCUGCCCCGGCGGCUGCCGCAGGCAAGGGUACAAUGCCCGCAGAUGGAAAGAAGCUUUGUAAUGAUCUUCAAAAGCCCAACCAUGACUGCUUCUUCCCUGCCAACAGCCACUGCCUUUCUGGAACUCUGAGUCUGGGGGGAAUCCACGGUUAGCCUCGCACUGCACACCAUUUUUACUAAUUUCUCUACUCUGGCUGUUUCCACACUAACCGUGUUUCCCCGAAAAUAAGACAGUGUCUUAUAUUAAUUUUUGCCCCCCAAGAUGCGCUAGGUCUUAUUUUCA